AUGCCACAGAUCCCAAGCAGCUCUGCCACCUCUCCAUCAACACCCACCUCCACCAUGAACUCCCUGAAGAGGAAGUUGGAGGAGAAAGCAGGCACUAGCCCAGGAGAGAAUGACAGCACCAACAGUGGGGAGGAGCCACAAAGAGACAAGCGCCUCAGGACCACCAUCACACCUGAGCAGCUGGAGAUCCUCUAUCAGAAAUACCUGUUGGACUCAAACCCCACUCGUAAAAUGCUUGACCACAUCGCUCAUGAGGUCGGGACUGAAGAAGAGGGUAGUGCAAGUUUGGUUCCAAAAUACCAGAGCCAGGGAAAGGAAGGGGCAGUUUCGGGCUGUAGGGCCUACUCAAGCUCACCGUCGGUGCCCUUUUUGUCGUGCUCUCUUCAAGGCGAAAACUGCACUAGAGGCACAUAUCCGUUCCCGCCAUUGGCAUGAAGCCAAACGUGCCGGUUACAACCUAGCUCUCUCUGGCAUGUUCACUGAGGAAGGGAUGCAAAUGAAGAUGGAUCCUCUGGAUAUCUCCAGCUAUUCCCAGCUUGCCCCUUCUAACAAUGAUGGACAAUGCUCCUCUCUGUCACCAGUGAGCAAAAACAUGGACUUGUCUCCCAGGGCCCUUUUGAGCCCUUCAUCCAUUAAAGUUGAAGGAGGAAUGGAGGACUUUGAGAGUCCAUCUAUGUCCUCUGUAAACCUUAGCUUUGACCAGAACAAACUUGAUAAUGACGACUGUUCUUCAGUGAACACGGCCAUCACAGAUACCACCACUGGUGAUGAGGCCAAUGCUGACAAUGACAGUGCUGAUCAAAAGCAUGGUCAAAAUAGUGGUGAUUACCUGUCUAAGUCUGUGGGUACAGCACCCUCCCUUGAAAAUGACGACCAGAUGUCCUCAGGGCUGGUGAGCCCUGCGACAAGCUAUUAUGCUAGAGACUAUGAAAAUGAGAAUAUAAUUGACUACAGUGAGACCUCCAGUCUGGCUGAUCCCUGCUCACCUAGCCCCGGAGCUUCCGGCAGCAGGAGCAUCGACAGUGGAGACCGUCCUGGCCAAAAGCGCUUCCGAACUCAGAUGACUAACCUCCAGCUGAAGCUACUCAAGUCCUGCUUCAAUGACUACAGGACACCUACCAUGCUGGAGUGUGAGGUACUUGGCAAUGACAUCGGACUUCCAAAGAGGGUGGUUCAGGUGUGGUUCCAGAAUGCUCGCGCCAAGGAGAAAAAGGCCAAGCUCAGCAUGGCUAAGCACUUCGGGAUCAACCACACAUCCUACGAGGGGCCGAAGACGGAGUGCUCUUUGUGCGGUGUCAAGUACAGUGCCCGUCUCUCUGUGCGAGAUCACAUCUUCUCUGCACAACACAUCACCAAGGUUAAGGACACCAUUGGGAGCCAACUGGACAAGGAGAAGGAGUACUUUGACCCAGCCACUGUCCGCCAGCUGAUGGCCCAGCAGGAGAUGGAUCGCAUCAAGAAAGCCAAUGAGGUCCUGGGACUGGCACAGCAGCAAGCCAUGCAGCAGCAGGGGAUCUUCGAUAGCCCCGCCCUGCAGGCCCUGAACCUUCAGUCAGCCUAUUCAAAUCUGCAAGGGAUACCCCCUGGACUUCUGCCAGGUGUUGGAAGCACCUCCCUACCUGGCUUUAACGCAUCAAACUCAGGUAUGUCACCGCCCAGACGUCACAUAGAUCACUGUUUCAUCAGAGUUGUCUUAAACCGGUGAAGCACUCUUUUUGGAUCAAAUGUAAUAUUUUGUAAUAUCCAAAAAUGAAAAGAAGUGCUGUACCAGUCUGGAGAGGGAAAUGUAGGGUAUCAUUCAACUGGGAAACCUAGUAACCAGCUUUGAUUAAAUAGGCUAUGAAUUUCUCCUACAUUUUCCAGUAGGCAACGUUUCGACCUUCUUCAGAUGAAAUACCCUUGUCAUCAAUCAAUCUGUCAUCUGGAAAUAUUCACAUUGGAAUACAUACAUGUAAUACAAUAUAACAGUGUUAGGGCACCUUCCACUUUAAUCUGGAUUUGCCAGGCACCUGUAAGCAGGUUCUUUAUACAUCACAUUGUAUUUCAUAAUGAGUCAUGCAUUCUAGUAAAAGUCAUUCAUUCCGUUCAUUUGACAGUGUUGGCCUGCGUUAUUGGAGAGACUCUACUACAACAAACAAAUACAAUAUAAAAUCAGAAUGAGCAUCUCCAGACAUCUGCUGUCAACUUCAUGAGCUACUUUAACUGCUACCACUCAGUUAGAGAACAUUAAACAAAGUCAUAAAAUGAAUACUAAUAGCUCACUUCCUUCUCAAACCUCUUUGACCUUGGGAACAUUAGUAGUACUUGACCUUAUUAUCAUUUAAAGUACAUGUUUUGAUUUUCUGAGUUUGUUUAAAGGUCAGUGUCAUACUUCAUGUAAAGAAACCGUUUGCACAUGUUUGAAGUAGUAGACACUAGAGUCCUUUUAUCUUAAGAUGUAACUAAAUCCUCUGUUUAUUGUCUGGUGUUUUCUUUAUUAUUGCACAGCUGCUUCUUGAUUGAUUAACUCUAGUAAAUAUUGUGAUUGAGACCUCUUCUCAUGGACCUUCCUGGAAAGGCUGAGUUUCUGAUUGGCUAACAUUGAAUCAGCAAGAGCAAUCUAAUUAAUUUCCUCUGGUGAAAACCAUUUAUCUUCAAAAAAGUGCUCAGUUAUUAAAGCACUGAGCUCCAAUAAUUAGUGCAUACAGUAGCUCUCUAGAACACCUUACUUAGAAAACACAUACAUGCAUCUAUGAAUAACUAAUGUCUUGAAUCCCCCUCUAACUCUGAAUUUUCCCAUUUCUCUGAUUCAUCUCCUCCAGCUUUAACUCCUCCCAAACCUCCAAACCUCCUGAACAUGCCUGGUGCCAGUGUUCCUUCACCCAGCCUCCCUACAUCUGGAUUACCCAACAAGCCUCCCUCCUCCUCCUCCUUGGCAUCACCCAGCCCAGCACAGGCCAACACGUCUGUCGCCCACUCCAGCCCUACUUCCACCUCCACCUCCACCACCACAACAACCCAGUCAGGCUCCCGGCCUGAACACCCCAAAGAGCGUAAUGCUGAGAGGUCAAGAGAGAAGGAGAAGCCCCACCACAAGGAGAAGACAGAGAAGCCCCCAACGCCAUCCUCCACAGGAGGCACCCCAGCCCCAUCCACCUCUGCUGCCAGUGCCAAGAAAGAAAAACCAGACGCAGCUGUGCCUGCCACCUCCAUGCCCACGCCGGGUAUGGAGUAUGUGGUGGACCCUGCCCAGCUCCAGGCCCUGCAGGCUGCCUUGGCAUCGGACCCUACAGCUCUACUGACUAGUCAGUUCCUGCCCUACUUCAUGCCUGGAUUUUCCCCGUAUUACGCGCCGCAGAUACCUGGGGCUCUCCAAGGCGGCUACCUGCAGCCAAUGUACGGCAUGGAAAGCAUGUUCCCCUACAACCCAACAUUGUCCCAAGCUCUGAUGGGCCUGUCCCCAGGGUCCCUGCUUCAGCACUACCAGCAAUAUCAACAGAGCCUGCAGGAGGCACUACAGCAGCAGCAGCAGCAGCUUCAGCAGAUCCAGCAACCCAAAGCGAGCCAAACUCCAGUUCCCCCUCAACCCUCGGGGGACCGCAAAGAAUCUGCCAAAGAUCCAGCGAAAACAGAGGAGCAGAAAGGCAACCCCCACAGAGAGACGUCCUCCUCCUCCUUCUCUCACAAUAACCUACCCUCCAAGCAGAAUGAGAUGGAUGGCAAAGUCACGGACCCCCUUCUAGACCAGUACAUCGUCCCCAAGGUGCAGUACAGGCUGGCUUGUCGCAAAUGUCAAGCAGUCUUCAGCAAGGAAGAAGCGGCCGUCAAACACCUGAAGUCUAUUUGCUUUUUCGGUCAGUCUGUGGCAAACCUGCAAGAGGUGUUGCUGCGUGUCCCCAGUGGCGCGGGUGCAGGGGUGGGCAGCCUCUAUGACUGCCUGGCCUGCGACACAACGUUGGAUGGGGACAAAGCGCUUAGUCAACACCUGGAUUCGGCUUUGCACAAACACAGAACAAUCAAGCGAUCAGCCAGAAAUGCCAAAGAGCACGCUACUAGUUUAUUACCUCACUCUUCAGCCUGCUUCCCCGAUCCUAACACCGCAUCUACCUCGCAGUCUGCCACUCAUCUCAUCAGCACCCCCCCUCCCCCGCCAACAACAUCAGCCACCAUGCCGUCCUCCUCUGUCUCUGCAUCCUUGUGCUCCUCCUCUGCCACCCCACUCAACACCACAGCUGCCGGCAAACCCUGGCCCCAGGCCCCUUUCUCCAGAGCUUUAGCUGGGAAGCCCAAUGCCACUCCUACUUCUACUUCUUCUUCUUUUCCUCCAGUAUCCUCACCUUCAACGGUUACCUCAAGUUCAUUGAGCACCUCAGGAGUUCAGACCUCUAUACCAACAGACGUCUUUACCGACGAGUCCGACUCUGACAGCAGUCAGAGGUCAGCAGACAGGCUGGGCAGGACGGCGGAGGUGCCGCAACAGCCCGGCUGUCUCAAAGACAGUAGUAGUUGUAGUAGUAAUCUUGCUAGUGUAGGAACGGACUCCAUCAGAUUGUAAAAGAGCUUUCGGUGAUGGACAAUAUUUAAAAAAACGCAAAAGACAAAAAAAAAACACAAAUGGGAAAAAACUAACAAAAAAGCAGCGAUGUUAAAAUACGUUUAAAAGUAUACAAAACAAUUUCAGAAAAAGAUGUGUAAAGACUAACUGCAAUUCCAAAGCUUGUAACCAAAAAUUUAAAUGUUAGUGGAUUGUUUUCCCAUAUCAACAUGCUGGUUUUCGUUUCUUUCAACUGAAAUAUAUACAUAUAUAUGUAUAAGAAUAGAAAAGAUCACUGCAGUUAAGUUUUGGGUAAUGAUAGAGGAAUGCUGUAUAGCAAUGGACUGCCUCAAAGUUGUUAAAUGGCCCAAGAACCCUUUUGACAAAGUCAACAAGCUGUCCCUUGUUUGUGUAAUUAUUUCCACUUAAUAGCACAGUCAGAAAAAGCCAGUAUGUACUGUAUGGGAGAAUAGUCUAACAGUUUUCUGCUAUCAAAGCGUUCAAAUACCAAUGGCUUGCAAAAGUAAAAAGAAUAAUGUAAUGUCUAUUUUAUUCUCAGGUCAACAGCUCACAGACGUUUUUCUGUUACAGAAAUUCAUUGUUUUACACCUUUUGUUCCGAACAGGAGAAACAUUUGUGUUUUUUUCCAGAAAUUGAUUUUAACGACAGAAAGUUUUAAAAUGAGUGAAAAUAUCAUAAAGGCAUAGCUUUCUGGGCAUUUAAAAGGGUAGCUGAUCUGCUGAUUUUAAACAUUUGAAAUACUCUUAAAGGGGGAAAAUUAGCAAUCCCAUUUUACCCAGACACGGAGAGCAUUGCAGACAUGUUGAUGGGGGAUAAAAAAGAUUUUUUGAUAAAAAAACUUUCUGUAUUUAUGAUAGAUAUGAACAUUUUUGGUGUUAAGUAGAUUGUUGCAUUGGAAAUGAAUUUAAACAGUAUGGUAGAUUGAAAAAAAACUUUGUGUACAUUUAGCUUUUGUAUCGUCCAACUUUAAGGCGCUUCAUUUGAUGUUGUCUUGGUCAUUCCGAUAGACUAGAUUAUGGAGCAGUAAUUUAUCUAAACUUUAUUUCUGUCUUAUUCUCGGCUUCUUGACUAACGUUCACCCAACUGCCACUCUCCCACUAGGCAGGAUCCUCUCUUUCAAAAUGUUUUUUUUCUCUCUGUUUUGGUUGGUAUGGUACUAACCAAAAAAGAAAAAAGACCUGGGUGAAAUGUUGAACAAUAUUUACUUUUAUUUCUGUUACCUUUGUGCACUUACCACUGUCUGACUCAUAUUUCUCACUUUACUUGUUACUCUCUCUUCUCACUUAGUUUUUCUCCUCCCCUGCAUUUGUAGAUAUGGAGAUAGUUACUCCUCCUCGUGCGCUACAAAGCAGGCCUUUUGUUCUUCAUGUAGUGUGGCUACAGUGUUCUUUCGGCUUUAUUUUCAUUUAGACUUUAAGUUGUUGUUGUCAUAGAUGAAAAUGAAAAAAUAACAAUAAUAAUAAUAAUUCUCACGCUUUAAAACAAAAAGAAAAUCCAAAGACUAAACACUUUCACCAUUGGUGCAUAAAGAUAAGAACAGAGGCUUCUUUAUACUUGAGAAUUUGUUGCUGUUUUUAGAGGAAAGAAAACGAAGUUUUAAAAUAAAGGAGUACGCAUCAGAGUUGCCGUUUUUGCUUCUUUGCAAGCAGACUGGUGGCUUUUUUACGUAAAAUACCAAGAAUACCAAAAACCAAAAAAGGGCCCUUGUCCUUGCAUUGUGGAGUAGCACCGUUACAGAGCCAUUGCAGUUUGUAAGAUAGAGGUUAUCAAUCUUUGUUUUAACUUUUCUGUCACUCACAAAACGUUUUUUUUUAAAAGAAAAUGUAUAAGGUCUGGUCUUCAAGGACAUACGUUUGCUGCUAAUGUAGAAUUAAAAAAAAGAAUACCUAGCUAGAUGCAUGCUCAUUUUGAUUUUUGGCUAAGCUUUAACUAAAACAACAAUAAACAAUUUUCCUGCCUCUGCGACAUCUUUUAUUUUUCUUCUUGCAAAAACGGAACUUUGAAGACUGUGAAUAUAUGUUCCAAAGGACAUUUUUGCCGAUUUUCUUUUUGAACAGACCAAUGUUUAAAGCCAAUGAUAUAAAACGUUAGUAAAGAACAGUGCAUUCCAAAUAUCACAUCAGUUUUUUUAUUUCUUAAACAAGGACUGAUUUCAUUUUAAUGAUUUUAAUUAUAAUAAUAUAUUUUCUCAUUUCUAAGGUGACUGUAAGCUGUUGUGUAAAGUUAGCAUCCUGUUUGCUAAACAAAUUACCUAGAUCUGUCAUUUUGUGUCUAGCAUGGAAAGUUGAUAAGAACCCCUCCUUCCAGUUAAGGUUGUUGCUCACUUGAUCAGCAAGUAAUAGUGGUUACCAAAAAAUGUAUAUAAUACAUCUGGUACUGACGCGUCUCAUAGGUUACAGUGUCAUCAUGCCUCUCAACUUACAAGUCUCAGAAGGAAAUAAUGGCUGUAUUGAUAAGUCUGGAGUGGCGGCCCAACUUCCUGGGACGGGACAUCCAGUUGGGACUUGCCCCAGGUGUCUGCAGGGCGUUAAGCCAUUUUCACGCACGAUGUUGAUUACAGGUUUCUAAGGGACGUCUUCAUUCCAAAGCAUUAUAAGUCUGGAAAAAGCAGGAGUUUUUUUGAAGAUGUCCCUUGUGUUCAGAUACUGUAGUUAAGAGGUAUGUCAUGCCUUCAUGUCCAAAGAGGUCACUCGCUCAAUCUUAUGGCAGUAGAAAUGGAUGUGCUUAAUUAUCCCCACUCUCUCAUAGAUUAAAAACUUUUAUUUAAUUCCUUUACACCAAAACCAAGGCAUAUUUAAAUUUGUGAAUAACUGGUUUUCGGCCACUAGUGUAUAGCAAGUGUAUUUGCCCUAAUUGAUACAAAGCUGCAAUCUGGGAAGUGUGUUAAAAGUGUUACGUCUUGCAGAGCAAUGUGAUUUGGUGUUAAUACUUCCUUACGCAUGCUGUUGAAAUUCGGUUGAUUUGGUCUGCAAGCUUGCCACUCCUCUAGUCCUGUUCUCUAGAAUAUUGUUCAUAUGAUUAUUUUUUGAGAAUUCUAAUGUUGUACAGUUUAUUCUUGAAAGCAUUUGCUUUAUUUUGGUUUUCAGAUGUCAGACGUGUAUUAUUAUUUUCUUAUAACUAUUUGUAUGUUAUUUUAGUUUCUGUAUAUUACUUUUCCUCAUAUAAAUUAACACUAGCUUUCAUUUCAAUUGCUGAAUUAAAAAAAAUCUUUAUUCUAUGACCUGGCCACUUUAUGGUGUAAUAAUGUUCUUAUAUUUGUUUGUCUUUUUUGACACUGUUUGAUCUCUUGUUUCCAAAGUGUAAUCUUUGUUUUGGGCUCUUUUGUGGAAGACAGUCAUGGUCUUCUUCACAACAGAUUCAGCCAGCAUGGACUGUGUGUGUGAGUUUGUAUGUGUGCGUGUGAGUGUGUUUCAUAAGAGCCAGCAUCAGUUUUGAGUUUUUAUAAAUUUUAUUUUAUACUGUACCUUUAUUUACGCACCAAAAUGUACUGAACCGAAAGCUGGAUUAUGAAUAAAGUGGUGAAGUUUUAGAAAAUUUGAAUUUUAAAGGUAACAAUAAUCAAAAUGAGGAGAACGACGAUACCGAAGCACUGAGCAGUUUUUAUUUUGAUUGAAUAUAUGAAUGUGGCCAAAGCUUUAUGCAGUUGAAAACACAAAUAAAAAUUACAAUUUGUGCCCCAGAUAAGUGUAUAUUUUAUUGUGGCACAAAACAAUAGAUAACUGAGAUCCUUUGACUCACAUUGGGAUACUUGAUUUUCAUGGACAAUUACAAAGAAAGAAAAAGAAGGUUUUGCUGUAGAGGUCAUCUUUUGCCCACUGUGAAAAUGAACAUGUAUACAGAUAUAGAUAUAUUUAAAACAAGACAUCAACUUUUUUGUUUGAAAUGAUAAAGAAGGAAUGAAAAGAAGAAAUGAACUCUGGGAACUUUGGAGAUCUUACUGAGAGGACAGGGGAGGCUGUGGGCACACCAAAACUGGGCAUGGGAGCCAAAGGCAGGCUCAAGGCGGCUUUAAUAUCACAACCAUAUUUGCUUACAUCUCUGAGAUGGGAAUGGACUCUGGAACUAGUGGACAUGUGUGACACAGAGAGGAAAGACCUUAGAUAAAGAAGCUGAACUAUAGUGGCUCCAGCUGCCUCCUUCUUGCUCUGUCUGUCUCUCUCUCUUUCUCCAGCUCUGCCUCUGCUUCUGCUCUUUUAUGGACAUGUUUCCGCACUUCUGGACGGGAUGGACAGAGAUGCUCGCUUCAUUUCUCCCGGUUCAUGUUGUUGCUACCCGUUUCAUUUCCUCCUGCUUGUCUCGCUGAUGGACAAGUAUAAGCUCUCCAGUCAGAUGGCGGCUCGCCCCUCUCUCUGUUCAUCACACCAACCAAAAAGAGAAAUGAACCAGAGAGAAAGGGGAGGGGUUUUCUAGGCUGUCAUUCCUAAAGAGGCAGUUACACACAAAAAAAGCGAAUCAACCAAAAUUAACAACCAAACUAACAAACAACCAAACAAAACCAUUUGCUCCAACUUCAAAGAUGAACUGUUACUUGGAGCUCUCUCUGUUCCUUUUGUGACUCCUGGUGCCACAAUGUUUUUUUAAUGCAUUUUCUUUUUCUUUUUGUUUCCUUGAAUUAUUCCUCCUCCGAGCCUCACAAGCAUGGCUCCGUGGCUCCAGGCAGCCCACUGAGGGUAGAAAAAACAGCCUUGCAAUGUACAAAAAAGAGCAAGUUAAACCAAAAAUGUUGUUCUUGAUGUCUUUUCUAUACUGUAGUCUUGUUAGCUUUUUUGUUACUGUAAUUAUAUGAUGAAGAUUUCCAAACUGUACCAAAUUACAUGGAAACUAACAUACAUAAACCACAUGGAACUUCAGACUUUUAAAGAAACUUUUGUCACAAAAACCUUGUUGUCCUAGUUAAGUUGAUUGUAGAUGGUAAUUGAAUAUACUCCUUUGAAAAUAUUUCAUCAAGUAUGUUUCUUGCUCAUUGUGAUACAUUAAAAAAGUAUGAGC